AUGUCUAGACGUCUAAAAUUCAUUAGCUUCAACGUAAGGUCAAUUCAGUCUGGUUUUCUAACUUUGAAGGAGUAUGUUGUUGACUGUGCUGUCGAUGUCCUGGGUCUCAGUGAGACUUGGCUAACCCCAGAUAUUGAUUCCUCCUCAGUAUUUAUCAACGACUUCAAUGUCGUUAGAGCAGAUCGAAAUAGCAGAGGCGGGGGCGUCGCGUUUUAUGUGAGAAAUGGUAUUGCCUUCAAAAUAUUGCACUCUAAUAUCACCGCAGUAUUGGAAGAACUUUGGAUCUCUGUAAAGGUUAAUCAACGCAAAUAUUGUCUAGCUAUAGUCUACCGUCCACCAUCGGCAAACGUGCUUGACUGUUUUCAUCAAUUAACUGAGUCUUUAACCAACCUUUCACUCGAUAAUGAUUACGCAGUUGUCAUGGGCGAUUUUAAUAUUAAUGUUUUAGUGAACGACGGCCGAUCCGAGAUGCUGAACUGUUUUCUUGAGUCUUUUGAUCUGUCUCAGUUAGUCAAAGAGCCCACACGUAUAACUUCCAAUAGCCAGACAGCUAUAGACUUGCUCAUGGUUAGCUCUGCUGAUAUAAUAAGUGGUUAUGAAGUUGUUGACGUAGAUGGAAUAUCUGACCAUCUAGCCCUAAUAUUUUAUGUAGAUGCAUCGGAGAUAAGCAACCUAUGUAAACUGAGGACAUAUCUUAUAAAGAAACAUAAGGAUAUGAGUGAGAUUCAUAUUUCUCAAAAAUGGUUUCUUAUAACCUAUCACAUCAUAGUCAUAAGCAUAGGCCAUAGUCAGAAGUAUAACAAAGUUGACCUUGAUCUUCAGAAAAUAUAA